AUGGCUUUGAUCUGUUUUAUUUUCAUAAGAGGAGCUACUAAUAUCAAUUUUCGAUGUAAUAUUCUUAUGUUAUGUUUGGGAGAUUUGCUGGUAACCCUCAAUCGAACCUACACCCUUGUACUGACCAUGGCAGGCAUAGCUAAUAGGGCUGAUUUGAAUGAAUUUCAAGGAUAUAUGGGUACGGACACAUUCGGGAAAACAAUCGCUCAAGUAUCUUUCAUUUCCUUAGUCUAUGAGCGUAUGGUAGCUUCUUACUUCACUUCAAGCUAUGAGAAGUUAUCAAAGAAAAUUAACUGCUUGAUCUGUGUAUUGAGUAUCUUAACAAUCGUCGCAUGCAGCUUUCUGUACACAGCAUAUCAUCCAUUGGGCUUCACUAGUUUCAUCAUCGAAAGUUCAACGAUCCUAUUUGAAACGAUGAUAGUUUUUGCUCUUUUAUACUAUAAUAAGUAUAAAUACGACAAUAGACAUCAAUCCAUGCUUAAGUUAUCUGAUCGCUAUCAGAUUCAAGAGAAUGUCCGAACAACGAAAUAUAUACUUCCGGCUACAAUAAUUCAAAUCAUUCAUACGCUCGUUCAAUUAGUCUUCUUCUUCUACGUCUUUUUCAUUUUGGGGCCUCCACAAUCACCUGGUAAACUUGGAAUGCUACAAGUCACGGUUGAUUUGCCAGCUUCCAUCUAUCGAAUGGUUCUCUAUUCAUAUCUCUUCUCCCACCAUCGAACAUACCAACGACUAAAAGAUGGCUUCACUAGAUCAAUUUCUCCGUUAUCUGCACACGACACAACUAAAAAUCAUUUCAAAGAUUUGAAAAAUAUGUGGAAAUAA